AUAAGAUUUAUCUAUCGAGUAUCACUAUAUCUAUUAUGUCAUUUCACCAUAUGCAUUCAUCCAAAAUCAAACAAGUUAUAUUUAACCAAAUUGGAAGAACAGUAAUGAAGACAAUAAAGCAGGAUGAUAAACAAGGCAAAAGAAAAAAAUGGUCUAGUAAAAUGGUGCAGUAG